AAAAAGACUGCAUUAUUAACUUAUCCAUCAAGCACCAAAGUAAUUAAGCAAUGCUUAAGCCAGAAUAACAAACAAGUCAUCACCCCCUAAUCAAAUGGAUCAAAACAGAGAAACCAUCUCCGAUCUCGUCAAAAUCGACGGCGUCACCACAACCCUAACCCUAACCUACGCCGGAAAACUCUCCUGGAACGACGGUGAUAGCCAGCGCAGCUUGACUAUCGAGAAAGAAGUCCUAGGUUUCUCCAUUCAAGGUUCUAGAAUCUUCCUCAAGACGAUCGUUGAAAAAUCUGAUGGCUCCUGCUGUGUGGGAGGCAAAGGCGCUCUUGUUCGAAAGAGUUUCGCGUUCGAGCCGCUCUCCGAGUCUUCGUUGCAGCUCUGGUCCAAUAUGAUUCGGCAAAAGCUCGAUUCUUUAGCAGGUCGUCCAAAAAAGCUGCUCGUACUUGUGAAUCCAUUUGGAGGAAGGAAAUCUGCUCUAAAGAUCUUUGCUGCUGAUGUAAAACCAUUACUUGAUGAUGCUAAUAUUUUAUUUACGAUGCAAGAAACAACACACCAGCUUCAUGCAAAGCAAAUCGCCUCUAAAAUUGAUCUGUCGAUGUAUGAUGGUAUUGUUUGUGUCAGUGGCGAUGGAAUAUUGGUUGAGGUUGUAAAUGGACUUAUGGAGAGGGAUGAUUGGGAGUCAGCAAUAAGGAUGCCUCUAGGAGUAGUACCUGCAGGAACAGGAAAUGGUAUGGCAAAAUCUCUUCUGGAUACAGUUGGUCAACCCUGUACAGCCCUUUAUGCAGUUCUUGCUAUUAUUCGAGGACAUAGGCGCUCAUUGGACGUAGCAACUAUCUUGCAAGGAGAUACCAGAUUUUAUAGUGUCUUGAUGCUUGCUUGGGGUUUGGUGGCCGAUAUUGACAUUGAGUCUGAAAAGUUUAGAUGGAUGGGGAGUGCACGGAUGGAUUUCUAUGCCCUUCUACGUAUAAUACAUUUGCGUACAUAUAAUGGCCAAUUAUAUUUUCUACCGGCACCUGGCUAUGAAGCAUUUGGUAAUAAAAUAGGUGGGCAAAGUUUUGAAUGUGUUGGUGACUCUUGUACUCACCGUCCAAAUCAAGGGGUGCCAAUUAAGAUUCAACAACAUGGAAAUCGGCAUUCUAGUAUUGACCUGCAAAAUUUAAACUGGAAAAAGAUUGAUGGACCUUUUGUUUCAGUCUGGCUUCACAAUGUACCUUGGGCUAGCGAAGACACCAUGGCAGCUCCUGAUGCCAAGUUUGCAGAUGGAUAUUUGGACCUGAUUAUAAUGAGAACUUGCUCCAAGUUAUCCUUGCUGGCUUUAAUGAUUGAGUUGAACAACGGAAACCAUGUUAAAUCACCUGAUGUGUUGUACCUUAAGGUGAAAGCCUUCAUUUUGGAACCUGGUUCACGAACUGCUGAUCCAUCCAGGGAAGGGAUCAUAGACUCAGACGGGGAAGUCCUGGCUAGAGGGAAAGGAGCGUACAAAUGUAAACAAAAGUCUCUGAUGACAUAUGGAAAACUCCAAAUUACUGUUGAUCAAGGGUUAGCUACCCUUUUUAGCCCAAUUUAGUAUAUUGAUUUGUACUUUUAUUCUAUAUAUAUAUUUUUUUAUUGUGGUAUCAGUAUUGUAAUAUCCACGGAUACUGGCGAAACAGCUGAAAGUGUAUUAUAGGUUCUGGCAGUCUAUUUUUUUUGAGAUUCAUAGUAAUGAAAAAAGUUAGGAUUAGAAUUCACAGGAACUACUGCAAAUUUGACCUGUAUGCGUUUUUGUUUAGCCUAAUGUGGUACUGCAAAGUUAGAAGCAAGCAUUAUAUUAGGCAGAACAAGUUCCAUUAAGAUUUGCUUUCCGACAGUACAUGAUUGAUUGAAAUAUAAUUGUGUGAUCCAUAUAUAGUUUCUUCGAAAUA